AUGGCGCAAGGAAAGGAGGACGAGAUUAAAGGAAGAAGGAAGGAUUCUAUUGAAUUAUUUAUUGGGAGCUCACAAUUAUUCUUAGAAAAUGGAUUGUCGCAACUACGAUAUAUGAUCUUAACUGAAGGACUCUCAAUUCCUGACGGCUACGAUCAAUGUCCUUACAGAUGCUACGUGUGGUCAAUUUUAAGUCGAACCCAAACCUUCUCCACUAAUCACUACUUGCAAUUACUAUCAGAGCUGGAGAGCAGUUUAAGCAAAGAACUAAGAGCAAAGAUUAAAGGUGACACCUUUCGCACAUUAAUGAAUGAUCAGAAAUUCCAUCAAAAGGUGAGUGAAGAACUGUUGAUACGAAUAUUAUCCUGCAUUGCUGUGACCAAUGAUGUGGGGUACGUUCAAGGCCUAAAUGUAUUGCUCGCUCCCAUAGCCUACUGUUGCCACAGAAGCGAACCACAAGCAUUUGCCAUACUCCACACGAUAAUCACCUACCAUAUUCCACUAUAUAUUACGCCCAAUUUGGAAGGUGUUCAUACUGGACUCAAUCUAGUUGAAGUCGUUCUUAAAAUGAUAGAUCCUGUUUUAAGUGAGGCCCUUGAUUCGAAAUUCUUGAAACCAGAGAUUUACGCAUUUCCCUCGGUGCUUACAUUAAGUGCCUGCACACCGCCAUUAAAUGCAGUACUCAAAUUGUGGGAUUUCCUUUUCGCUUAUGGAUUCCAUAUGAAUAUUUUGUUUAUUGUGGCUCAAUUGAUUAUAAAUCGAUCACAAAUACUUGAAUCGGAACAGCCAAUGAAAGUAUUGAGGAAUUUUCCCAGUUUGGAAGCCAAUGAGAUUAUCAAGUUGAGUUUGAGUUUUAUUCCUGAGUUACCAAAACCGCUUUUUGACUUGAUUGUCAGGCAUGGCCAUGAUAAAUCUGUACCGAAGAAAUUGAAAGCGUUUUUAGCUAACGCUGAUGUUUGA